GCCCGUUCUGCCUGCGGAUCGCCGAACGUGCUGGACGGGCAGCAAGCCUCCGCGCGCCCCCAGGCCCUACCGAAUCCGCGAGCUCAGCAUCUUCGGCCUCUUGUGCUUCUUCCAGCUUCCACGAGAUUCAUGCAUCGCUGAGCCAACUAAAGCCAUGAGCGUAUGAACACCGCGGCAACCUGAGCCUCUGCGCACGUCAGCCUCGCCGCCUGCACACGGAACCUUCUCAUGGCAAAUCUUCCCCACCGUCCCGGACUCUUCAUCAACGCCCGCGAGCACGAUAUCCUCCACAUCGUUGCCUUUACCUGGCUGAUUUUAAACACCCACUCUAGCAAGAAGGAGUUGCGAGAGCUGAAGCGCACGCAUCGUCGGCCGUACCUGUACAGCGUGCGGAACGCUUUCUACACGUUUGUGGGAUUCGGGAGCUUGGUUGCUUGGGCAAGCGCAGCAUGGCGUCUCAUGUCGUCGUGAUUGAUACGACGGCAAGGAGGGCGACCAUAAAGGUCACUCCGCAAACGUACAUGAGCGAUGUACUGUCUCAAGCAUGUUCGAAGUUUGGACUGAAAAGCGAGCAGUUUGGUCUAAAAUAUAACAAGAAGCCAGUUGAUUUGUCGCUGACCUAUCGUCUGUCCGGCCUUCCCUCAGGCGCUCAGCUUGACCUUGUCCAAUCUUCAAAGUCACCGUCUGUUAUCAAUGUCGCCCUCCAGUUCCCACAGUCGGAAAACAAUCUACGCCUAACAGAGAAAUUCCCGUCAUCCACAACGCUGUGGCAGAUUCUGCGUCGAUUCGAAAGUGGUACAGCUGGAGGAGCUCCGUAUCCGCUUAAUAUUACGCAGCGAGCCAUCACGGAACGCAACACAGGUGCCUAUGGCGCCGGAAGGUUGUUCUACGAAAUGCCGACCCUGUCACUCAUGAAUAGAGAACUGUCUACUUUUGUAGAUCUGCAGAAGACGCUGGCACAAAUUGGUGUUACCUCGGGAAGUGCGCUACUGAGACUGAACUACAAGCACAGUGGCAAACCGUUAGAAGAAGCCAUGCAGGAGAUAUCAGAGUAUUUCAAGGAGGAUGAGAAGGCCGUUCUUCAAAAGUCGGCCGAACAAAGCUCUGGGACUCCUGCUGUCGAACCGUCAACAUCUGAAGCACAAAGUAAUCCUCCGGGAACGGCUAGUCCAGAGAAAUCAGCACCAACAUCAGAACCAGUGGAGGAAGGCCAGAUAGAACGGUCGCCUGCGGAGCCAACCACAUCUGCUGCCUCUAACAAUCGUAUUACCGCGUUUCUAGCACCCGAAGGAAAUUCAACAACGUCGUUACCACAUAAUGACGAGGAUUAUAUCCCAACUGUCGACCAUGCAAAGUUGCACCAGUCGCGACUCGAGAUGAUGGGCAGGAAUCAGCGUUUGUUGUCCGACAAAGAGCUUGAAGCUCAGAGACUGGAAAAGGAAGCGAAGCUUAAUGCCGUGAGCACGAUAACAGUGCGUUUUAGAAUGCCAGACCAGACACAAAUCCAGACUUCGUUCACACGAGACGAUACUGCACGAAGUCUAUUCGCAACCAUGGGAGACGUUCUCAGGUAUCCGAGCGAGCCGUAUACGCUGAGCUAUCGCGAUGCAAGAGGCAAAUCUGUCGUAAUACCCCCUAGUUCGACGCAAAAGCUCAUCCAAGGCCUCGGUUGGACUGGCAAUACGCUCGUGUACGUCUCAUGGGGCCAUGAAAUCUCGGAAAAGGCUAAGAAGGAGCCUGCACUGAAUGAUGAAUAUCUCAAGCGAGCGACGAAACUCCAAGUCGAGCAGCCGAGAGAGGAAGAGGACGAGCCCAAGAGCUCCUUCUUUGGAGGUUUGCUAGGUGGAACGAAGACAGAUGAGAAGGGAAAGAGCAAGCUCAGCGCUAGCGAGAAAGAGGCGAAACUGGGCAAGUUGCUUGGACUUGGACGAAAGAAGUAGAGACGAGUACGAUGAGAAUGCAUUGAGGCGUUGGUUAUAUUCGCUGCGACACUUGUAGCAUUCAGCAUUUAACGAGCAAUAAUGUGCAUACCAGCAGUUCAUGAUGUCGUGAUGGCCAACACGUGGAGAGAAGAUUUGGAUACUUCUUUGAUGCACACACACAGAUAGGGAAAGAGAGAGGAGGGAAGAGGUCCUAGAGUAAAUGUUUGACAAUUAGAGCUGCGGAGCUUUCUGUCGCCGUACUGACAGAUGAUUGA